AAAUAUCUUUUCAGGAAGUGACAGACGCGUUAAUAUAGUCAGCAUGUGGGCUCUAUGGAAUGCUGCAAAAUCGAUUGGAAUGGCUACGAGCAUAGCUGCCUUCGAAUUCUUUACGGGAUCACUUUUAUUCGAGAUACACAAACUGGGGAUGCACCCUCCCUGACUUCAGUGACGUGGCCACGAAAGAAGAUCUGGUGCCGUCGCAGCCAUCCUCUUCAUGAGGUAACUCGGCAGCGGGCGAGGCCGUGCGCCGCGGUGGCGCACCUGACUCGGGCGAUCUCCUGCUCGCCCAUUGGACACAAAAUGACGCAAACAAACCCCUCACCGGGGUCCAGAUCCCAGUGCCGGAAAAAUUCUUCCAGUAACGUCUGCCAUUACUAAUGGCAAAACAGUGUUACAAGGGGAAAAAAAAGACAAAUUACAUUCACUGUAGCGGACAUGUCUCAACGACUGCAGCGAUGUCACCAUGGAUGCCCCAUUAAUGUCUACAACAGGCUGUCUCUAACAAAGCAACCGUCAAUAUAUCACAUAUUGU